AAAUUCAAUCGUCGCUUUUUCGCAGUUUCGUGAUUCAGUUUGCCGUGAAAAGUGAUAAUUUUGAGUGAUUUUAGAGUUUUUCGUGAAUGGAAAAUUAAGUCAACAAAGUUUAAGCAAGUUCCCGAUCGUGUUGGCCGUCUCGUAAAAUGUCCAAAUCGAAAAAUAAGCAGCAGGUUAGCAAGAAUGAGCAACGCAACGAGUACCGCAACUUCCGGGUAGUUUUCUUCUAUUGCAUCCUGAUUAUCCUGCUGCCGGUGUCCACGUUCUUCGCCACCAAGUACGUCCUGUUCGACGGGUAUUUCCAGCUCUCGUCGGUUAGCAGUAACAUCUACGCGGCUGUUGCAGCGGUCAUUGCACUUCACAUCGCCCUGGGAUUGUACAUCUACCGGGCGUACUUUGACAGUGGACCAUCGGAUCAGGCCACGAAAUUGGCCCAGAAACAGGAUUAA